UGUUAGUUUUAAAUUUAAUUUUCUUACUCUUCAUUUAUUUAGUUUAAUUGGAACAAGCAAACAGUUGUGUAAAAAAACAAUCCCACAUAAGAAUAAUAUCAAAGAUGCUUUCCUCACAGCUCAAGUUUCCAUGUGCCAAAAAGCUCUCACACAGUCCCUAUAAAUACACUGAAUUCAUCCUUGCAAAAUCCACAACCAACACCAUUACCAUAAUGUCUUGUCUGCUGCAACUCUUGUCUUUUUUUCUCAUCAUCUCUUCAGCUGCAUCAAUCCAAACCCCGAAGCAUUAUGUUGUAUACAUGGGAAGCUCAGCUGGUGAAACUGCAGAAUCAGAUCAUCUGCAAUUACUGUCCACAGUAAUUCCAAGGGAGGAAAGAGAAAGGAUUUCAAUUACAAAUCAUUAUAAUCAUGCAUUGAGAGGAUUCUCUGCAAUGCUUACUGAUGAUGAAGCUUCUGAGUUGUCUGGACGAAAUGGGGUGGUAUCGGUUUUUCCCGAUUCAAUUCUUCAGUUACAUACAACACGAUCGUGGGAUUUCUUAGACGACAACUCAAACCCUAAGUUGAAUCAUGGAUCAUAUCUGCCUCAUAAAUCUACUUAUGAUGUCAUUAUUGGCAUGAUCGAUACAGGAAUUUGGGCCGAGUCUCCAAGUUUCAAAGAUGAAGGAAUGGGAGAAAUACCUAAAAGAUGGAAAGGAGUUUGCAUGGAGGGACCAGACUUCAAAAAGUCUGAUUGUAAUAGGAAGUUGAUAGGGGCAAGAUACUACAAUGUAAUGCACGCAUCUAAUGGAAACAACACAACACAAAUGAGAGUUGACAAAUCUCCAAGGGACACUGUUGGCCAUGGAACUCACACUGCUUCUAUUGCAGCCGGUGCCAUAGUAGCCAACGCUAGUUACCAUGGCUUGGCUCAAGGUACUGCUAGGGGUGGUUCACCCUUUUUUAGGAUUGCAGCCUAUAAGGUAUGUUCCGAAGACGGUUGUCCCGGUUCCACCAUAUUAAAGGCAAUCGACGAUGCCGUUAAAGACGGUGUCGAUAUCAUCUCCAUUUCUAUCGGGACGAGUGCUUUCCUCCAACCUGACUUCUUGAAAGAUCCUAUUGCCAUUGGAGCAUUUCAUGCAGAACAAAUGGGGGUCAUGGUGGUCUGUUCAGGUGGCAAUGAAGGACCUGAUCCUUUCACUGUUACAAAUGCAGCACCAUGGAUUUUCACUGUGGCAGCUUCUAAUAUUGAUAGGGGUUUUCACUCUAAGGUGCUUUUAGGAAAUGGAAGAAUCUUUCAAGGGUCUGCCAUUAAUUUUUCGAACCUCACUCGAACCGAGACAUAUCCACUUGCAUAUGGAAAGGACAUUGCUGCUAAGUACAGUCCAAUACCAGAAGCAAGGAGUUGCUAUCCUGGAUCAUUAGAUCCGGAAAAGGUGAAAGGGAAGAUAAUUGUUUGUUUCGAUGGUUUCCCUGUCGUGUCGAGGACAAUCAAGAAACUCGUAGCCGAAGAUGCCAAAGCUAAAGGAUUGAUAUUGAUCAAUGAAAAUGAUGAAAGUGCUCCAUUUGAUUCAGGACCAUUUCCAUUCACUGAAGUUGGAACUACUAUAGGAUAUAAAAUUCUCAAGUACAUCAAAUCUAACAAGAACCCAUCUGCAAUUAUUCUUCCUACAGUUGAAAUUCCAGGAAUUAAACCAGCACCAGUGGUAGCAUAUUUUUCAUCAAGAGGUCCUAGUGUACUAACAGAAAACAUUCUCAAGCCUGAUAUAAUGGCACCAGGAGUUGCCAUUUUAGGUGCAAUAACUCCAAAAGACGAAGAAGAGACUGCCUCGGAUGGCGUGAAACCGGGCGGAUAUGCCCUAGAAUCCGGAACAUCAAUGGCUUGUCCACAUGUAACAGGGGCUUCAGCAUUGGUUAAAUCAGUACAUCCUAAAUGGACUUCUUCCAUGAUCAGAUCGGCACUAAUGACAACCGCAACUGUGUAUGAUAACAUGAGGAAACCAGUGACGAACGGUUCGGCUUCUUUUGCCACCCCGCACGAGAUGGGAGUUGGAGAAAUAAGUCCAGUUAAAGCCCUUAAUCCGGGAUUAGUCUUCGAAACAACAACCGAGGAUUACCUAAGAUUCCUUUGUUAUAACGGAUCCCCAGAGAAAACGAUACGUUCCAUGUCGAAAACGAAGUUCAAAUGUCCAACGAAAUCCUCUGAUGAUCUCAUUUCCAACAUCAAUUAUCCAUCAAUCUCCAUAAGUAAACUAGAAAAAAGCAUAGGGUUCUUAACUAUUAAAAGAAGUGUUACAAAUGUUGGACACCCAAAUGUGACAUAUACUUCCACUGUGCAAGCUCCCAUGGGAAUGAAAGUGAAGGUUAUACCCAAAAAGAUCACAUUUUUAGAGAAUGUAAAGAGGGUUUCUUUCAAAGUGUUAUUUGAUGGCAGUGAGGCUUCAAGUGGAUAUAACUUUGGGUCUAUAACAUGGUCUGCUGCUCAAUAUUCUGUUCGUACGGUGUUUGCAGUGAAUGUUGAGUGAUAAAAUGAUAUUGUAAGAAUACUAAGAAAUAGAAAUUAAACAAGGUUUUUGAUGUUAGGCAAAGUGGUGGUGAUAUAUGUAGUUUGGUGAAAACAUUCAUUUUGUAUUUCAAGUUUUGUAUGUGAUUCAUUCUUGUAUGAUUUCAAACAUCUAAGACAUUUCUUAUAGGGUUAACUAUACGAAAUAUUUAAAUAAAGGUUAAAUUUUACUA